UUCCGUUAUCUCGCGAGAAUUUAACACCUUGUUUUGUGAGGAUUUUCGCCAGGCCGAAAAUGGGGAAAGCCGACUUUUUCUCGCCCAAGGCGAUAAGCAACCGGAUCAAAUCAAAAGGUCUGCAGAAGCUGAGGUGGUAUUGUCAAAUGUGUCAGAAGCAAUGCCGAGAUGAGAAUGGCUUUAAAUGUCACUGCAUGUCCGAGUCCCACCAGAGGCAGCUGCUGCUCGCCUCGGAGAGCCCUCACAAGUUUAUGGACUUCUUUUCCAAUGAAUUCAAAACUGGAUUUCUUGACCUGCUGCGAAGACGUUUCGGGACCAAGCGCGUGCACAACAACAUAGUGUACAACGAGUAUAUCAGCGACCGCGAGCACAUUCACAUGAAUGCCACGCGCUGGGAGACGCUCACUGUCUUCACCAAAUGGCUGGGCAGGCAAGGUUUGUGUAAGGUGGACGAGACGCCGAAAGGCUGGUACAUCGAGUACAUCGACCGUGACCCAGAGACCCUCCGCCGCCAGGAGGAGCUGGCGAAGAGGAAGAAGCACGAGUUGGACGACGUAGAGAGGAGCGCCAAGUUCAUCGAGGACCAAGUCCGCCGAGGCCUAAGCACCAAGGAGGAGGAGGAAGAUCCAGUUUAUACUGAGCUGCAGCGAGAGAACGAAGAGGAAAAAAUUGCUUUUAAUAUGGCCAGUGGUGCAUCAUCAGCUGGGCCUUCAACAUCAAGUUCCCUCGCGGCCUCCAGCGCGCUGAAGAAGGCGUCCUCGUCAGUUAAGAGGAAAGACACGUCCUCUGCUUCCGAGUCGAGGGACAAAAAGAAGAAGUCUGCCUUGGAGCAGAUCAUCGAGAGUGAAGAGCGAAUGAGGCAGAAGCAGCAGCCCGUCAGGACCGACAACUGGUUGCAGCCCGACAUUGUUGUCAAGGUGGUCACCAAAAGGCUGGGAGAGAAGUAUCACAAGAAGAAGGCCGUCGUCAUGGAAGUGCUAGAGAAAUACACGGCAGUGGUGAAGAUGGUCGACUCGGGAGACAAACUGAAGCUGGACCAGAACCACGUGGAAACAGUCAUACCUGCACCAGGAAAACGUGUGAUGAUCCUAAACGGAAACCAGCGAGACACUGAGGCUGUGUUGGAGGGCAUCGACGAGAAGAACUUCUGUGCUUCGCUCACGCUUGAUUCUGGUCCACAGAAGGGUAAGCGAGUGGAGGUCGCCUACGAGGACUUCUCCAAGUUGGCAUGAACCAACUUUCUUUUUCUUUUUUUUCCACUGAAGGACUCUACUAUGUCAGAGUUUUAUCACUUUUAUAGACAUUUCCUCUUUAUGGAGCAAGCAUUUUGUUGUUUAAAUCACAAUCAAAUCAAACUUUACAUUACUGAUUUUGAUUCCGAUGAAUUUUUGACAGAUAAAUGAAAAUGUAGAGGGAAAAAAAGUCAUUCAUAGGAAGCUGUUGAGGUCGGGGACGAUGUAGUGGCUGUAGUGGCCGUCGAUGAAGCCCUUCCCGCUGUUGUGUACGAACCAGCAGUAGACGUCUGAUCCACGUCGCUUGUCCCGCCGGUAAUCCUUUUGCCAGCCCCUGACAAGAACAGCCAGCAGAUGGCGCCAUUUAGUGAAGAACUUGGCUUGUAUAGCCGCCCUGUCACAAGGAAUAACUCACCUGGUGACCUGCAGCUGGUUGCCCUUCACCUCCAUGGUGGCCUCCUUCUUCAUGGGGUCGGCGCCGUUAUGGAUGUCGUAAAUGUUCACUUGAGGCUCAUUGGAGAACUGACCUGAGGGACCACACACACAAAACAAUCUUGUGGUGUGCAUGCUACAUGCAGUAUGCCCAGGCAAACAUGAUUUUUUGCAGUUAAACAUCUACAAUAAAUGUUUAUGUAUUUGCAAAUAA